AUGAAAGUUUUUGCCGAUCCGGCCUUCUGGUCCAAAACCGUGUGGUGUCGGGGUGUAGUGGAGCAGCUCGAGCACCGAUACCUACAGCAGGAGAACGCCCGGAGGGCGCGGACAAUGCGCAAAUACGAUCAUGCUUUUGUAUGUGUCGCAUCUACGCCGACGACGGUAAUUCCUCCUGGCAUGGAUGGCGAACAACUGGCGAAUGCAGUAUCUCAUCUGGCGGACUACAACCAGCUUCCGGGAGAGCGACAGCCUGCAUCCAUUCCUCUCUCCGUUAUCGCCUGCAUCCCGCCGAGCACAUACUGCUACAAUGUUGUCCUGAACCAUUCCGGCGCUUGA